CUCAGUAGAUGGCGUAGGCGAAACAAACUUCAUAAAAUGGCAGCAACCGGUACUUUAGUUUUACGAGGAACGAGUUUAAUUGGCCGUAGAGGUGUUCCAAAAGUAAUUUUUUUAGAAUUUCUUAAAAGAGCAAGUUCAAGAUGUUUUUACAGCCAAACUCUUCGAUACAUCCCUAUGUCUCAAUAUAGAAAUGAUUGUCCAGGUUUUUGUAUAAAUUCACAAAAAAGACCAUUUUCAAGUUGUGUAUUGCAUUUCAAGUUCAAACUUCACCCUUUAAUGAACAUUGGGCUAGAAGCUCAACGUGCUUGUUUAUCAACAGCAACAGUUUACCAUCAGGAGACAUCAUCAAGUCUUGCACAGGGAGGUGAUGGUCUGCCUGGAUAUAUCCCAGAUACACCUUUAUUGCCAAAACAGGACAUUAAUAUUGAAUAUGGACUUGAAGAGGUAGGAUCAGCCCUUGAAAAUACUGGACUUGGAGGUUGGACACCAGUUGGUCUUGUUCAAAAUUGCUUUGAUUACCUUCAUGUUACUGUAGGUGUCCCUUGGUGGUUAUCAAUAGUAUUAGGUACCUUGGUUGUUCGAACUUUGAUGUUUCCUUUGAUGAUUAAAGCCCAGCAGAAUGCUGCCAAGUUGAACAAUAAUCUUCCCCAAAUGCAAAUUCUGCAAUUGAAGCUUACUGAGGCAAGAAAAAGUGGUAAUUCUAUGGAAGCUGCCAGAUAUGCAAAUGAGUUGAUGAUUUUCAUGAAAGAAAAAGACGUAAAUCCUCUUAAGGGAAUGCUAGUCCCAUUUGUACAGGCACCAAUAUUUAUUUCAUUUUUUAUGGCUCUAAGAGAAAUGGCCAAUCUUCCUCUGGAAAGCAUGAAAACUGGAGGAACUAUGUGGUUUACAGAUCUGACCAUCCCCGACCCAUUUUAUGGGUUACCACUUAUAACCUGUGCAACUCUUUUUGUUAUUAUUGAGACUGGAGCUGAAGGAGGAAUGAGAAGUGACAGUUUACAAGCUAUGAGAUACUUUAUGCGAGCUAUGCCUCUGAUACUUUUCCCUUUUGCCAUAAAUUUUCCAGCAGCUAUCUUAUGUUACUGGACUACAAGUAAUUUUAUUUCACUGGGACAAGUGACAUUACUUAAGAUUGAACCAGUUCGGAAGUUUUUUAAAAUCCCCAAAUUGGUUCACUAUGAUCCAGCUAACUUACCCAUAAAGCAAAAGGGAUUUAUUGAAGGAUUUAAAGAAUCAAUGAAAAAUGCUAAAAUAACCCAGGAAUUGGAAGAUCGCAAAAGAACUGAUGAGAUAGUGUUACGUAAAACAGGACCAGCAUCCAACAGUAAAAGUUUCUCAGUUGGUCCCACAGAUAAGAACCCUACUAGUGUAGCCUCUCAAGCAGCCAAGAAAAGAUAGUAUUUUAUAUAUAAAGAUUAAAAUCAAAAUAUAUAGAUUAACCUGUUAUAAACUGUUUACUGUAAAUAAAAACUGGAAGAUAUUUAGAAAAUCAAUCUUGUCUGCUAUUGAAAAAAUUCUCAAAUAGUUUGAAUUACAGGUUGAAUUACAACUUCAUUGUUGCUAAAGUGAGCCAUGGAUUCCUUGUAUAAACAUAACUGGUGAAUUAAAUAGCUUCUAGAAUCUGGCUAGAUAAAUUUGUAUGUCAAA